CGCGACCGCGUGCGUUCAGCUUGUGAUAAAAUAAUGUGCUCAGUUAAAAAUGUACUUUGCAAACUAACAAAAAUAAGUGAUUAUAAUACUUUAAAGUCCGAUCAAAAAAGUAGACUAUUAUGUUUGACAUAUGUUUUUAACUGUAUAAUUUAGUGUGUUAAAUUAAAAAAAACGGUGUUUACUAUAACACUACAUAUACUCAUGAUAAAGCAUUUUAAUUUAAAUAACUGAUUAACUUGUGGUGUGUGAGAAUCUGUAAGGGAGACAACGGUCUUCUAAUAUCCGAAUCGGUUGUUAUCGAUUUUUGACGUCAGUUGCCCGGAACAGCUGUUUUGAGGAUGCGGAUGGAAUCUACUAGAAUUUGGAUCUAGCUUGUUUCAUAAACAUUAUAAUUGUAGAUAUAUCUGUGUGAUCAUAAUGAUCCAAUACGUACUAACAAAGGGAUUUAUAAAAAAAUAAGUGUUACGGGAUAUUAAAGUGCGGAUCUUAUGUGAAGUGCAAUUAAAUCAAAUUCACUUUAGUGGUUGUUAUAACUUAUUGAUUAACAUUAUAUAAAAAUAAUAAAAAUAAAUGAUCUAUUGUAUAACGAAGUAUCUGGAAAUAGACGAGUGCUUGUGAUAAAAAUAGUGUGCCUUUAAAUUGGAUUCUUAACGUGGAUGUGGAUUUAAAUCUGUUUAUAAGGUGGUGAGGUGGUUCAGCACGUGGGGCGAUGCUGGGCGGGGCGGCGGGGGGCGCCCGCUCCCGCCCGCCCACUGAUCUGCACCAAGGUGUCACGAGAUUUCCACUGUAUUCACUAUUUCCAAACCAAGGUGGCCGAUCUUCACAGAUACAUAAAGUAACAGAGAGUUUGUUCUCAACGUCUCUGUCGACUUUCGGUGUACCGACUCCGCCACCGAACUCGCCGUACUCACCGUUGCAGCUGGAACUGCUCAAUUGCGCGCAGCGGGUCCUCGUCACAGACAAGGAAUCCAGUAAAAUGGAGGAGGCUAAGUUAGGAAAGUGCUUAUCCGAACCGCUCUGCUGUCCUGACCAGCGACAAUUGCUCGAAGGUGUGGGCAUGAUGCAGCCCCUCACUAUCAAGACGGAGCAAGCUAAGCGAACCUGCAACACCUGUCUCACGAAUUCACCAAAAAAGGUCAUACACACGGACGGUGGUUGCAGUCGAACUAAUCCAGUGACCUGGCUAGGCGUGGCCGGUCAAAAUGUACAGGUCCAAGUUAAACGAGAACCACAACAUGUCCACGUGUCUGAACUAGUCGCAGUCAAGCUGGAACAGGCCUCGCCCGGGAACAAGCCGGACCAACCGCCGCCCGCCAUACCAUCUUCGUUGAACAAUGGUUCUAUACCCGUCGGGAUAGCGGUUGCUCGCCAGAGAGUAGGCGACACCGGUCUCUUUGCCGCACUUUCGCAGAAGGAUACUCAACGGCUACAUGAACUUGACGCAGCGCAGGCGGCCAUGACGGUGGGCGUGGCUAACGUGCUCUGCGACGACCGCUCCGCCCCAUUGGCGUGGCCUACGCCCGCUCCUGCACCCCCCGCUCCACUAUGGCAGUACCCCGCGCAAAUGUCAAUGGAGAGCAUGAUGGUGGGUGGUGUUGGCGGCGUAGGCGUGGGGUCAGUUGGUGGUGGCGUCUCGUCUGGCUUCCAGCUGGUCCGGGAGCCCACAUCGGGUGCUCUCCUGCUGUUACCAGCGCCACCAGACCUUCCUCACGCGGUAGUCUGGGGUGGGGUUCCUUAUCCGUCCGCUCCUUUACUACUUCCACCUGCCCCACACCCUUCACACCACCUUCAACUACUACCAGGAGAUCUUCUUGCCUCUACUGCUACCCUUCAACACACGCACACUCAUUCCACCCGGCUCGUCACUCUCGCUCCGGCUCCUCCGCCACAACAACAUCCUCAACAUUCAGUCGAUAAAAGGAAACCAAUUAUGCAACCCUUAAUUACACCACAUCAUACCCUCAUAAAAAUCGAACCAGAACCGCCUCAAGAAAAACCCCCUACAUUCGCCCCGGAACCUGUCCAGCAGCCAAUACUAACUACUCAAUUGUAUUAUCAACCUGAUUUUUCGGAACAAGCGUGUAGAAGUCAAGCGACUUCACCCGCGGCGCCACCCACAUCGCCAUCAGAGGCUCCAGAAGCUCCAGCGCACAGAGAUGCGUCAAAUCAAACAGAUCACAUUGAUGAUGAAGAUGAAUCGCCAAAUCAUGCUGAUGAAGAUGAGAGAGAGGUGGCUUGCGUUGGCGUUGCUCAUUUCCCCGAAGAGUCUAAUGGGAUGCAUAUGCAGUCUUUACCUCCUCUAGAUAGUGCAGAGGAAUCAUCUUCAGAAGGUCUUGCCGCUUCGAACGUAGUUGGUGCAGUAGAAAAAGCGAUUGAUGCCAUCGAAAGAGACGAGUCAAUAGACAACAACUCAAAUGGUGGAGGCACUCACGACUUAAUUAUAGACACAGCGAGGAGUUCGACUCCACUCCCCGUGCCACCGCAACCACCCGCAAGACCACCAGUCGACGUGAGUGGAUUGGAGCUUUUAUCAAAUAGUAUCGAACAAUUCGAACGAACUACCCCUGGAUGUAAUAUGCCUGCAUUAGAUUCUACGCCUUUAACUGUAGACACAAGAACGUCGACGAAAUUAAACAUUUUAAUAAAAACAUCUCCAAAAUCACCCCCCCGUAUUGAAGUGGAACCUCACAGAAGAUUCGAGUUCCCAGCUUCAGAACAAAAUACGGAACAGGCGAAACCCUCCUUCGACGGCCUCGGGUUGUUGUGUGCUUUAGCUGAGCAGAGGUUCAUGGAAGAGGUCGAAGAAAGUCCUCAAACACAUUUACCUUCAACAUCACGACCGUUCAUUAAAACGGAACCAUUAUUAAGUCCUACAGAAAAGGAUAUAGAAAGAACAAUUGACUCUAAGAAAGAAAAGCACAGGAAUAGAGAAGAUUCGAGUGAAGGAAGACGAAAAAGAAGUCGUGACAGAGAAGAUAGAUUACGUCAUAAAUUAGAAAAAAUGAGACGACACAAACGGGAACGAAAAGACGAUGAAGGGGAGGAAGGAGGUGAAUUAGAAGCUAGCUUACGUCGUGUUACGGCGUGUUCUUGCGGUUUGACUAGCUGUUCGCAUUCGUCCACAGUUCCCUCGGCUCAAGCUCUUGUAAAUGCUAUCGAAAAAGACAUGCGAGAACGUUUACAAGAUUUACAAAGACAAUGUGAUGAAAAACGAGCUCAGUUAAAUGCAUUGACUCCACCCUUACCUAUACUAUCAACUCCUCCCACGCCGAGCACUCCAGCUCUCUCACCAGACUCUGAUCGAGGGUCAUCUAAGAAGCGUAAAGUAGGACGACCGAGAAAAGUAUCUAGCCCUGAUUCUACUGAGACUAUUGUAGCUAAGAAACCGAAAUCCAAGAGCAGUCUAGUUGGCUUUUUACUAGCAAAAGGCAAAUUGAAAGGCAAUAUUUUAUAUUCAAAAGGUGAACCAUCCAGAGAGGACAUAAACAGGACCAGUAAAGUUAGACCCAAAUUAAAGGCUGAGCCUAUAGUGAAGAUGUAUUCAGAGGAGGAAGAACAUGACUGGGGCCUUAAUAGAUCAGCUAGUUCCUCAAUGGAGAGCCUAAAUGAGGUACGUCAGAAAAAUCGAGAAAAAGUGGAUCGCUUAGCGAGGAAGCAUUCAAGAGAUGAUCUUUCAGAAAUAGAAUUAGCUAUUCGACGUGCAAGCGCUUCCAGUGAUAGUGAUAAGGAAAAACGUCGUGCGAAAAAGAGACGAAAGAGUUCAAAGUCUAAGGAAAGAACAGAAGAAGAGGCAAAAGCGUCACCGACUGAACCGGUUGCACCGGCACAAGUGAUAUCUAGGUGUACAUUAACAGAGGAUAAAUUGGAUUUGUCACCUAGAGUGUUAACAGCGAGAGGAGGAUUGUUCUAUGCAGGCAAGCUGAGUGCCGUGCAAGCUCCGGAUGUCUACGCUAUAACGUUAGAUGGAGAAAGAGGGAACAAACCACACAUACUGUCUAGAGAGGAAACCCUAAAAGAUGCUGCACAACAUUUUCAGAUAAAUGCUACUCCAGAAUUGAUACUCGAAGUUAGUCCAGCAUCAGUCACGGACUUACCGUCUGGAACACGAGUGUGCGCGUACUGGUCUCAACAGUACCGCUGUCUGUACCCUGGGACGGUGGCUGUGUCUUCCCCGGAUCCACAUGAUGAUAAAUUUGUGGCUGUGGAGUUCGAUGAUGGAGAUUCGGGGAGAAUAGCGAUUGAAGAUAUCCGGUUCUUGGAGCCGAAUUAUCCUGUUGUUGAAUACGAAAACACAUUAUUCACACUUGGAAAGAGAAGGAGAAACACGAGUAUGACUGAGGAGAAGAAGUCAACCGCAUCUACCAGUAAUGAGGUCAAAGCUGACCUGCCACAACAACAACCGGCCCCACCACAAGCCGAGAAUGAUGAAGAAGACAGACACAGGGACCGAAAGAAACUUAAAAAGCUUCGCAAGGAGAAAAUGAGAAGACUAACUAGCGAAGAAGAUCCAUCUUCAAUGGAAUAUGUAAAAAAAAAGAAGAAGAAGCACAAGUGUUGCGAAGAACAUUGCAAGCACAGACGUCAUCAUAAGAAACAUCAUAGAAAACACAAGAAGAGACAUCAUUCUAUAUGCAAAGAUCAUUCAAGUUCAUCAGGCGAUGAUCACAGACUGAAAUCAUCUUCUGAUUACAUAGAUUCAAACAAAUCUAAUGAAGAUUCUGUAGAUUCGAAUGAUAGAUUAUCAACUUUGAUAGCAGUUGAGAAGUCUCCAGAAGAGAAAAUGAAGACAGUUAUUAAGAAAGCUGUGUUAUCAAAGAAGACUUUGGUUAAAAACGCUGUGCUAGAUUUUAGUAAUUUGGGCAAAAUUGCCUUGAAAAAAGACACGGGGGGAAAAGACAAUUUAAAAGACAGUGGAAUUGGAUUGGAGGAAGAAGGGCCAUCUACAUCUACGGCUGCUGCUACUAUUGAUGUAAAUAAAAAGAAGACGAAACGUCGAACAGUUUCUUUGACAUCCUCCGAUGGUGGUGGUGGCGGUGUGAGCAAGAUGGCAGCCUUCCUGCCUGGAGGCGCGCUAUGGCGGUGGCACGGACCCGCCUACAGGCGCACCGCGCGACCGCGACAUCGCAAGCUCUUCUACCGAGCCAUACAGCGCGGGGAAGAGAUCCUACACGUGGGUGAGGCAGCCGUAUUCUUGUCAACGGGUCGUGCAGACCGACCGUACAUCGGGCGUAUAGCGGCGCUGUGGGAAGCUCGCGGCGCGAUGGCCGUACGAGUGCACUGGUUCUACCACCCCGAGGAGACAGCAGGCUGUGAACGGCUACACUAUCCGGGUGGCCUAUUUGAAUCUCCACACACGGACGAGAACGACGUGCAGACUAUAUCGCACAAAUGCGAAGUGUUACCGCUGGAGCAGUACAAGGAACGCAUGAGUGACGACCCAGUUAAAUACAGCACCGUCUACGAUAACAACGACGUGUACUACCUCGCCGGCCACUACGACCCCACGCAACAGAAUCUACGAAUGGAAACAGAUAUACCGUUCGCUAAGACCUCUUAAUAGGGUAUGCAAGCCUAGUACUUUUAACCGAGUAAAACGGGAACUAUUCUUCCAGGCAAAACGGAGGAUGUUUUUGAUCGUUGUAUUUUUAAAUAUUAUAAUUAUUUUCAAAUUUUAUUUAUAUCAUGAGUUUUAGUGUGUUACACAGUAAGAAUUUUAUUAAUAAUAUCCCAUUAUCAUGUAUUGAAAUCGAUAUAUAAAUUUUAAAGAGAUGGGUGUAAGGUUAAAUUAACAAUAGCGAUUUAAUUAUAUUAAACAAGUUUAUCAAAAUCUCGAUGUUAGAAAGUAUACCAGUAGAUUUCUUUCCGAUCCACGAGAAUAUCGGACGUAGCUUUGGGAAUUACUUAUACAGGUCUUAAAGUACAAUGUAGAUUUUUGAGGCUCAAUACAUGUGACAAUUUUUCACUUCACGUCCCCGAGACGGUCCUUAUAACGUAGGUACGUGUUAAAGUUACCCCCUUGUUACGUUUUAGCGUAUCCAUUUUGGAAUGUUAUGUUUUUUCAUCUCGAUUAUAUACGGGCCGAGUUGGUGUGAGGUGAUGAAAAAUAUGGGAGUAGAGCGUUCGCGGUCGAUUGAGAAGCGACUGAUUCGGUGAUGAUAUAUAAUAAUCUCUCAGUGUAUAUAGUUGUAUCAUUAGUGUAUUUUUUUAUUUAUAUACUUAGUUCUUCAUAUAUAUUAUCUAUAAAAUGCAAUACUACUUCUGCUAGUCUUAUUUCAUUGCAACAAAACAUUGAUUAUAUUAGUCAAAUAUUCAAUAGUUUUGUUGAUAAAGUAAUUCAACGGAACGUAAAAAAAUUGUAUAAUUUUUUCUGAACUCGUUAUAAAUAUUAUUUGUUUCUUUUUAUUUUUUUUAUAUAUUUUGAUUGGUUAAAAUAUCAUGUUAUACCUUAUCUCGAAAUGGUGCUAGAUCCUUGAUACUAUUCGUAUAAUUUUGCAAUACUUUAUAAGAUUGUACAUAGAAUCGACUUAUAGAGAGGUGUUUCUAUAUAACAAUUAUAUAAAUUUAUUUCGAUGUCCGCUUGCUCCGGUUGCCAUUCAUUAUUAUUUACGAUACUGUACAUUUAAUACGACGUUUAAUUUCUACAGGGUAUGAUCGAGGCCCGCUUUUUAUCCUUUUUACUCAUAUGUAUAUGAAGGGACUGAAAGACAGGGAUAUAGCUAGGUCGACCAAGGAUAGGAACGUAGAUAGGUUUUUGUAUGUGGCCAAACAGUUUAUAGGAAAAUGAUGGAAAUUUUUCAGCCGUAUAAGUUUAGAUACUCAGGCCGUCAAUCAUGAUUAGCUGGAUGACGUAGCAGUCCCGAUUUUUGUUUAUUAUGAGUAAUUUUAAUAAUAUGAUUUAUAUAUUUAAGUGAUAAACAAUUUAUUGAAAAGUAUAUAGGUUUAGCGAUAGCCAUUUGUUUUUAAACUAAAUACAUUGUUUUUAUAAUAUAAAAUGCUUAACUAUCGCUGUUUCUUGCGUAGAUUUUUUUUAUAUUUUCGGGUCUUGAACGUGAAGGUACGAAUGAUAAUAAAAUGCAAUCAUUAAUUUUUUUUUUAUUAAUACAAUGUUAAAAAUAAUAUUUGAUUGCCGAUUUAUUAAAUCUAUUUCUUACGUCGUAGUUCGUUAUGAUAUAAGUUUACGUUUAAGUUCAUUCAUAAGUUUAGUAGAAUAAGGUAUUUUUUUUUAAUUUUAUAAAUAAAAUAUAUAUUAUUGGACCUUAAUCUUUAAAAAGUAUAUUGGAAACGAAAAAAAAAAAAAAAAUUAAACAAAAUUUCGAAUUUGGAAGAAUCAGAGUAUGUGGUAUUUUUAUAUAAUGAGGAAUUCAUGUUUUUUUUUUUAAUUUUAAAAAAGAUGUAUAAGAUAAGUACAAAUUCAUUGACGAGAGUCUUAACUCGGCCCACGAGUGUAUACUAACAUUUUGAUUUAAUUCAUCAAAAUCUAAACAGCCUUAUCGUGUACAGUAAUCACUUCGCCAUAAGACUGUAAUGAAUUUCUUGAAUUAUUCACAACCUUAGCGUGUAUUCGGAAGAGAAGGCCAUACAAAUAAUUAUUAGAUUUAAAGAGUAAUAAUAUAUCAGCAUUGAUAAUAUAAAGAUUAUAAAUACGCUUAAAUAAAAUAUUUUUGGCUGA